ACUCCCUUUCUUCCCCACUAGAUGAGCCCCGGUAGCCUCAGACGACUCAGACGAACAUCUGCUUUCUCUCUCUUUAAAUCCACCACUAGCUUUCUUUCUCAUACUCUUUUUCCUUUCCUCAAACACCUCUUUUACAAAACCCUAGAUUUCUUCUCCUCAAUGGACCCGAUUUUCUUCCCGGAAGACGAAGAAGUUUUCGACCCUCGCUCUCACCAAAAACUCGUCGACAACCUCUCCGAACUCGACUCCGCCGCCGAGCCUCUCUACUUCGUUCCAUUCAGGUGGUGGAAUGAGGCGAGAGAGGCGGUGUCCACGGAAAUUACCGGGGUUAUGUAUGAAACGACGACCUCGGUUAAUAGUUCGAGGGGAAAUGCGGACGAUUGGGACUGGGAUUGGGACUGGGAUGUGGGUAGUGAAGUGGUGGGGGCCAAGAAUGAAAUUAUUCUUAAUUUGAGAAGACAAUGUGAAGCCGGUAAAAGCGAUUGUGCAGAAGAAGGAUUUUUAGGUGGGGAUUUCGCGUUGGUUUCAGAAUGGAUGUUCUUUAAGGCUCUGAUAUGGCAAAGUGAUGUGAAGGGUGUGGGAAGCUUUUUAGCCACGAAAGAUAACUCACACGACUUGUUCCCUUUACAUAUCAGGCUUUCAUUUCUGUGGGAAACAGAUUCAUUGGUCGUAAAGAUUAACCAAAAGGACAAUGAAGUCGGAGCUUUCAACCAAGGUUGCAACAUAUUUUGCAUUGAAUCUGGCUUGUUACGUAUUUGGGAUUUCUCAGGGCAGACAAGCCAGUAUUUCACCAAAGAAAGGAAGUUACCUGACAUUUCAGGCAGACAAGAUGAGGAGAUUUCAUUGGAAUUGCAAGUCUUUGGGCUUUCAUGCUCUAUGAAGGGUACAGAAAGGAAUGAUGAGAGGAUAACAGAGUUGUCUAAAUUUGAAGGUUCCUUUUCCAGUCGUUUGCUUAAGAUGAAUGGGAGCAAUAGCAUAGUUAACUCACAUUUUGGAGGUAGCCAAUCACUACCUUGUGGUGGUAGCUACAAGAUAGCACGUGUUUUGGGCCUAACUGGAUUGUAUAAUCUUGGGAAUACUUGUUUCAUGAACAGCGCAAUCCAGUGUUUGGUGCAUACGCCAACACUUGUCGAUUAUUUCCUUGGAGACUUCAGAAUAGAUCUAAAUUUUGGAAAUCCUUUGGGUAUGAAUGGCAAGCUUGCGUUAGCAUUUGGCGACUUGUUGAGGAAGCUAUGGGCUCCAGGAGCAACACCUGUGGACCCAGGAAUGUUCAAGUCGACACUUGCUGGUUUUGCUCCUCAGUUCAGCGGCUACAACCAGCAUGAUUCCCAAGAAUUUCUUGCUUUUUUGCUGGAUGGACUCCAUGAAGAUCUGAAUCGUGUCAAAUGCAAGCCUUAUAUAGCAGUGAAGGAUGCAGAAGAUCGUCCAGAUGAAGAAGUAGCUGAUGAACACUGGAGAAACCAUUUAACUCGUAAUGACUCCAUCAUAGUUGAUGCAUGCCAAGGGCAGUAUCUGUCAACAUUGUUUUGUCCUAUGUGCAAGAAGAAGUCCAUCACGUUUGAUCCUUUUAUGUAUCUAUCAUUACCUCUACCUUCAAUGACAAUGCGAAAGAUGACUUUGACAGUCUUGAGCACUGAUGGGACUACUUUGCCCUCUCCUGUCACCAUUACUGUUCCCAACUUUGGAAGGUGCAAGGAUCUUGUCCAGGCUUUAAGUUCUGCAUGUUCUUUAGGAGAUGAUGAGAUGCUUUUUGUGGCUGAGAUAUACAACCACCGCAUACUUCAUUCUUUGGAUAAGCCAUCUGAUUCGGUCGAGCUGAUUAGAGAUAAUGAUAGACUUGUUGCUUAUCGAUUUCGAAAAGACAGUGAUGCAUCUCCUAUGGUGGUGUUCAUUCAUCAACGGGAGGAAAAGUCUUUCAAUCGUGCAACUCCAUCUUUAAAGAAGUUUGGCAUUCCUCUUGUAGCAAGGAUGUCUGAUUUUUCAAAAGGAUCUGAGAUACGUAAACAGUUCCUAAAAUUGAUCAAUGCCUUUUUAACGCCAGUGGAUAAUUCCACGAAUAAUAAUGAUGGUGUUCUGAACACUUCUGAUGAAGAUACUGAGAUGGAGGAUGUGAUAAAGACUCCAGUAUUGGGUGGAGACACAAAUGCGGACAAUGAAUCAGAGGAUGUCUCACACCUGGAUGAUGACUUCCAGUUUUACUUGGAAGGUGAGGGAUUUUUAUCAAAACGUUCCAAAAUAGAGAUGGAUCAGCCAGUACCAGUUUCUGUGUUGUCCAGGACUAUAAAUGUGCUUGUUACUUGGCCCGAUAAUAUGAUGGAACUGUAUGAUACUUCCCUUUUGAGCUCAUUGCCCGAGAUCUGCAAAUCUGCGUUGCUUGCAGAGAAGCCUCAAGAGUCCGUUAAUCUAUAUAAAUGUCUUGAAGCCUUCUUGAAGGAAGAACCUUUAGGACCUGAAGACAUGUGGUACUGCCCCAAUUGCAAGAGGCACCGGCAAGCCAGUAAAACGUUAGAUCUUUGGAGAUUGCCAGAAAUUCUGAUUAUUCAUUUAAAGAGGUUCUCAUACAACCGGUAUUUUAAGAACAAGCUUGAGACAUAUGUGGACUUCCCUAUUAAUGACUUUGAUCUCUCAGCUUAUGUAGUUCCCAAGAAUAGCCAGGUUUCCCAUCAUUACAUGUUAUAUGCAGUAAGUAAUCACUCUGGUGUCUUGGGUGGUGGUCACUAUACUGCAUUUGUCCAACAUGGGCCUAAUCGGUGGUAUAACUUCGACGACAGCCGUGUUUCCUCCAUUAGUGAGGAACAGAUAAAAACAUCAGCUGCCUAUGUUCUUUUUUACAAGAGAGUGUGAGAUGUAUGAUACAACAUUACUGUGUUGUUACAAGAAAUGGAAGGCUGAAUGAAGCAAGCAUUUCCUUUUCUUCAAAGCAUUUACUGGAAUUUUCUGUCGCGGGUUGAGAAUUUGAAGAAACCCAUUGUUGUGGUCAUAGGGUUGGUUUUAUACAUGUACAGAUGUCAAUACAAGUGAGAUGUCGAGGAGCCAUUAUUCUUACCAAAGAGGGUGCCUCUUUAUUACCCGUACAUGAUUCUACUCAAUACAAAGGAUCAGAUCUUGUUGUAGUGGUUUAUAGGUUAUGACUAUUUCUGAUGUAGUGAUGCGUUCAACUACCUCUAACGUAGUGAAUAUACGAGGAAUAUGUUUCUGAUAUGUAAAGCUUGGUUGGUUUUGGUGAUGAUGCUUGAACAUAUCACAUAUUUUUGUUUUCUGUUGGAAUGGAGAAAGGCCGGCUCUUCACAGCUGUCUCAAGGGAUCAUUCUGUUGAAGCAAGCUAGAAUCUCGUCUUGCCAUGCCUUUCUAUGUGGUGCCACCGGAGAUGAGCAUUGGGUGCAUCCCCUUUCAGGCUGGUUGCUUAUGUAAUGGUGCAAUUUGUGACUAGUAAGCUUGUUUUUUCGCUGCUUUCCUUACUUUCAGGAAGAGCUUGCUUUGUGACUGCAAACUAGUAAGUCCAAUUAGUGAUAUAACCAGAAUCGCCUCGUCCAGAUUGAGAAUGAACGAUUCAUGGUGAAAAUAAUAGCUGGUGUAGUGAUAUGAUAGAUGCAGAGGAACACAUGGAGUUUUGCACAAGCAAGUGCUACAUCAUGGAGAUUAUGUAAUGCAGAUACCGGACUGUCAGACUUGGGCCGUUUUGAGAAAAGAUGUGCUUGCCAAAUUCUUUAUGAAAUAUUGUUUAGCAAAUGAAUAUGGAUGGUUGAAU